ACCUUUUACUUGCAAUAUUGGAAGGUUUUUUUAGCUGCACAGCUCAAUUUGAGUUGGCACAAAAUUGCCUGUUUGUGCAUGUGAGUGUCACUGUGUUGGCUGUCGACCGGGCUGCUAUCUGGAGAAGAAAGAGUUCUGAGAGUAGUAAGGGGGAGACCUCUGGCACUGAGCCUGGAGCGAUGGAUACAGCCAUUGAUUACGCGGAGAAGUUUUUCAAAUUUGACGAGACUGUAUGGCUGGGUCCGAAUUUCACCUGGGCGAGUCUCCGAGAUGAAUCGGACGGUCGCCUGAAGCCUCAACUAUGGCAUUUUCAGUAUGUGCUGGCCUUCACUGUGGCAGCUCUCUUGAUCAGAGCUCUGUUGGAUCGUAUUUUGUUUCUGCCACUGGGCCGCUUGCUGCAAGUCAGUGAACGCUUGCCUGUACCUCCUCCAGCCAAUUCUGCUCUUGAAGCACUAUUCAAAUCUACCAAGCACCCAAGUCGUGCCCAGAUCUCCGAAGUGGCUUCAGCCAGCGGCUGGUCAGAGCAGAAAGUGCAGAAAUGGCUCAAGCGCAGAAAGGCUUCGGGCGACCGGGGCAAAAUGCCCAAAUUCCAGGAAGCCUGCUGGAGAUUCAUGGGUUACACUUCAUUAUUAAUCUUCGGAUACUGGGCGUUGAAGGACACCGACUAUUUCAUGGAUACGACCAAGUGCUGGACGAAUUAUCCACACGAAACUGUUCCUGUUCGAGUUUUCUGGUUCUAUAUGUUGGAAUUGGCCUUCUACGCCUCUCUGACUUGCUCACAUUUCUUCGACACACGUCGCAAGGACUUCUGGGAAAUGCUCAUCCACCAUUUCGCCACGAUCACGUUGAUCAUGUUCUCCUUCUCCGUCAAGCACAUUGCAAUCGGCUCAUUGAUCAUGUUUGUGCACGACAUAGCCGACCCGUGGUUGGAAAUUGCAAAGGCUUUUAGUUACACUCGCGUGGAGUCGAGCGGCAAGUCGUCCUCACGUUCGUCCGCCCAGUCUUUUGUCGACGUCUUGUUUGCCAUAUUUGCUGUGGUGUUCUGGGUGACACGUCUCUACGUGUUCCCAAGAUACCUAAUCUACUCCGUCUGGGUUGAGAGUCUGGAAAUCCUCGGGUUCUGGCCGUUCCGCUACGUCUUCCUCACCCUGCUCAACCUUCUGCUAGUCCUGCAUUGCUUCUGGUCAUACCUCAUCCUCGUGGUGGUGAGCAAAGCGUUUCAAGAGGGUAAGGUUGGAGAGGAUAGUCGCAGCGAUGACGAAGGAGACAGCGCCGAUGAAGACGACACAGCGUCAAGCAACAGUGGUGGUGAUGGUCAUGGCAGCAGUAAGUCCUCACCUAGAACAGCAGCGGGGGCAACCGGUACUCGCCAGCGCCCCAAGUCCGGCCGUGGUAGCGUACGCCGAGAAGAGUAACGCUCUUACUGAGGUGGUGGCUUGUACUGCAGCAGACCUUGUACUGUGGUAGCUUGCACUUCAUCCCACAUCACCUGGCAUACUAGUGUGCACACUUCAUCCGAUAUCACCUGAUAUACAAGUGCACACACUGCAUCCGAUAUCACCUGGUGUACACUUGCACAUAGUACAGAGACUAUGAUGUUGCCACGUCUCAGUGUGUCCCGGCCAACAUCUCCACGCCCCUAUCUAUAUCGUUAGUCUAAUAUAGAUGGCGUUCUAAUGACAUCUUGUGCACUUUGAGCUAUGACAUAAUUUAUUAUUACUUCUGUAACAUUUUUUAAACUUGCAUUAGAAACUCGGGCCAUGCACUGACUGUUUUGUAAAUUAUUGUGUGUGUGCGUGUAACUCUCUAACUGAUAGCGAGUGUUCGCGAGUGUUUGAUUUGUACUGUUCUAUUUCUAUGCUGGUCCUCUAGUCAAUCUCAUCACCAUGGUCACGGUGUCUAGCGAUUCAGGUUGACUGUACUGCGAUCAUGAUAUCUGUUUGCUCUGUCCAGCUGCUGCGAUCAUGACAUCUGUUUGCUCUGUCCAGCUGCUUGCACCUGCAGCACGAUAUCUAUUUGAUCUGUCCAGCUGCUUGCACCUGCAGCAUGAUAUCUGUUUGCUCUGUCCAGCUGCUGGGAUCAUGAUAUCUGUUUGCUCUGUCCAGCUGCUUGGUCAGCGGCAACUAUUAGACGGUUUUCACUUUGAUUAUGCCGAUGUUUUUCCCGAAUUCAAAUCGUUUUCUACGUCUGUGCUGAUAUGCCCUUGUUUUCUCCAAAGUUCGAAUCAGUUUUUGCACAGCUACAGUACACAGUGCUGUAAAGUCAUACAGCAUUUCGGCAGAGACUUAUU